CGCUACAGUGCCGCACUCACUCAGCCCUCUCCGCGCACUAACUGACGUGUUUUGCGCAUUUCCUGGACCAGCCUUCACACACACAGUCAGGAGAAAAAGAGGCAGGUCUGCAGGAAACUGAGUACCGACGGUCAAACAAGGACCCUGGGAGAAGCAAGUGAGUACAGAGCCCUUGAAAACACCCGUUCACGUUCUCCAGUCUGGGGGGAAUCGAAAGACGCUUUGCGGGGAGAACUUUCCUCCCAAUGCGCGGAGGAGACACAUCCAGUAGCGCUCCAGCCAGACGAGGGAACAGGCUCACCCUGAGGAGAUCCAGCAUAUAUAUCUGGCAUAUUUUGAGGUGUGGAAUGCUGGUCGUAUCGGUGCUGAUACACUGUAACUCUCCUUUUUCGCUCCAACUUGCUUUGCUGACUGCCUACAGGGGUGUUUGGACAGCUUCAAAAUCACAUACAGGUUGUCCGUAGGUCAUAGCAAUACAUUCUCUUUCUGUCUGGACCUUCUACACUUUGCAUGCAGAUCCACGAGGACGACGAAGGACAUUUACCGUUGUUUUAUAAGGAGCAACAAUCCCGUAAACAAACCGGUGGACCGUAACAUACACUGGUUGAAUAAUUAACCAGGCGCUGAAGUGGAAUAUUGUUACUAAAUCUUUCGAAAGUGGCCAUGGUGGUUUUUAACGGUCUGCUGAAGAUUAAGAUCUGCGAGGCUUUGGACCUGAAGCCCACAGCCUGGUCUUUGAGACACGCCGUCGGCCCAAAGACGCAAACCUUCCUGCUGGACACGUACAUCGCCCUCAACGUAGAUGAUUUUCGCGUGGGUCAGACCUCGACCAAGCAGAAGACCAACAGUCCCGUCUGGCACGAUGAGUUUGUGACGGAGGUGCACGACGGCCGGAAAAUCGAGCUGUCGGUGUUUCAUGAUGCGCCGAUUGGCUACGACGACUUUGUAGCCAACUGCACCAUUCAGUUCGAGGAAUUGCUGCAUAACGACAGCAAACACUUCGAGGACUGGAUAGACUUGGAGCCAGAGGGAAAGGUCUAUGUCAUUAUCGACUUGUCUGGAUCUUCCAGUGAAGCAGGAGGCUGUGAGAAUGAGGAGCGUGUGUUUCGUGAACGCAUGCGUCCCAGGAAGAGGCAGGGAGCUGUCCGGAGGAGGGUGCAUCAAGUCAAUGGGCACAAGUUUAUGGCCACCUACCUGAGACAGCCCACCUACUGCUCGCACUGCCGCGACUUCAUCUGGGGUGUAUUAGGAAAGCAAGGGUAUCAGUGUCAAGUGUGCACCUGUGUAGUUCAUAAACGCUGCCAUGAGCUGAUCAUCACUAAAUGUGCAGGGCUGAAGAAACAGGAGGACACCACAGAGGAGGUGGGAUCUCAGCGCUUCAGUGUCAAUAUGCCUCAUAAGUUCAGUAUUCACAACUACAAAGUCCUCACGUUUUGUGACCACUGCGGUUCAUUACUGUGGGGCCUGCUGCGGCAAGGGCUGCAGUGCAAAGUUUGUAAGAUGAAUGUGCACAAGCGCUGUGAAAGUAAUGUAGCUCCUAACUGUGGGGUGGACGCCAGGGGCAUCGCUAAGGUGCUGUCCGACCUUGGAGUCACUCCAGAUAAACUCUCCGGCAGCGUCCAGAGGAGAAAAAAAAUCUCUCAGGGUCCAGAUCCACAACCCUUUCCCAUAUCCCCGCAGUUAGAAGAGGAUCGAUCCAAAUCUGCACCCACAUCACCAUGCGACCAAGAUAUAAAGGACCUGGAGAAUAUCAGGAAGGCACUAUCGUUUGACCAUCGCGGUGAAGAGCUAAAGCCAGCCUCGUCCUCCUCUCUGACUGAGGGAGGGUCAGAGGAGACGGGGGAGGCGAGAGAGAAUGGAGAGGUGAAGACCGUCCAGACCAAAAGGAUGAUGCUGGAAGACUUCUCUUUCAUCAAAGUACUUGGGAAAGGCAGCUUCGGCAAGGUGAUGCUGGCUGAGUUAAGAGGCACUGAUGAGGUUUUUGCGGUGAAAGUGUUGAAGAAAGAUGUCAUCCUGCAGGAUGAUGAUGUGGACUGCACUAUGACUGAGAAACGCAUUCUAGCCCUGGCCAGAAAACACCCUUACCUUACCCAACUCUACUGCUGCUUUCAGACUAAGGACCGUUUGUUCUUCGUCAUGGAAUAUGUGAAUGGCGGAGACCUGAUGUUCCAGAUCCAGCGUUCUCGCAAAUUCGAUGAAGCUCGUUCCCGGUUCUACGCUGCUGAGGUGACCUCGGCCCUCAUGUUUCUGCACCAAAAUGGGGUCAUUUACAGGGAUUUAAAACUAGACAACAUUCUGCUGGACGCAGAAGGUCACUGUAAACUGGCAGACUUCGGCAUGUGUAAGGAGGGAAUCCUGGAUGGCAUCACAACCACAACAUUCUGUGGCACACCAGAUUAUAUUGCCCCAGAGAUCUUGCAGGAGCUUGAAUAUGGCCCAUCAGUGGACUGGUGGGCUCUAGGUGUGCUGAUGUACGAGAUGAUGGCCGGUCAGCCUCCUUUUGAAGCAGAUAAUGAAGACGACCUUUUUGAGUCCAUUCUCCAUGAUGACGUCCUAUAUCCUGUGUGGCUUAGCAAAGAGGCCGUCAGCAUUCUUAAAGCGUUCAUGACAAAGAGCCCCAGUAAGCGGUUGGGUUGUGUUGUGUCCCAAGGACUGGAGGAAGCUAUUAAAGUGCAUCCAUUCUUCAAAGAGAUUGAUUGGGUGCUUCUGGAACAGAGGAAGAUCAAGCCGCCAUUCAAACCACGUAUUAAAACCAAAAGAGAUGUCAACAAUUUUGACCAGGACUUCACCCGUGAGGAGCCGGUGCUCACCCUGGUAGAAGACGCCAUUAUCAAGCAAAUCAACCAGGACGAGUUCAAAGGCUUCUCUUACUUCGGUGAUGAGACCCUGUCUUAAAACUACAACCUCCAUCUCCUGCACUGUACUUCGCACACAAGUGUGGUGCGAAGGCUGUGAAUGCCCACAAGCUCAUCCUUAGACCAUCAUUUACCAAGAAUUUGAUGCUUUAUUUUUUAAAGUAGAGAGUCUUUACUGCUGACCCCCCCCCCCCCCCAAAAAAAAAAAAAAAAAAACAUACACAAAUCCUCACACAUUUCCGCCAAAUGAAACAGAGUAAUAUUUAUUUAAUGUAUGUAAAAACACUGAGCUAUACUUAGAGUAGCUCAUGUGACAUCACUAAAGCAGCUGGAUAGAGCUCAUUAGAAUCUAAUGAAAGCCAUUUUUUAUGUUUCAUUUCUUCUCCCAUAAUGCAGUGUAUCAGCGUAAUGGUACCACUGAAGUCAACAUAUUUACAUGAGAACUGUUUUGAAAUGCAAAAACCAAAUGUAAAGAACCAGUGAUUGUACUGCAGAUGUGAUGCUUAUAAUAGUGUGAAUUGGGAGUUUUAAAGCACUCAGCAUUGGGAUCUGAUCACGUGAUGGUCUGAUAGCCAGAGACAGUGAUUGGAGGGUACUGGGAAGGUGAUGCACAGACUCAGAACUGCCUUUCAUGAGACCAUCGCGCCGUUUCCAUUUGAAACAGCAGUGUUGACAUAUACUCAUGUCACCAAAACAAGUGUUGUGUGUCUGUGUGUGUGUGUGUGUGUGUGUGUGUGCGCGCUCAUAUAUACUGGAGGGAAAGGUUACAAAAUGUCCCUCUUUAGUGUUACAUUGUGUGUGUGUGUUUUCAUUAUAUUACUGGAUUGUUUUGUUGCUAGGAUAUGGAAAUUGUUGAUUUCUCUACAAUGCAACAAGACCCAUUGUUAUGAUUGGAUCAGGACAGUAGCCAAUCAUGUCUAUUCAGUCUACAGUACAUACAUGUCCUGAUUACCCGAUUGUUAGCCUGUGAACUUUGAAAAUAGACUAAUCAUCUACUGCAUGGUUAUGCCUAUUAUGGAUAUUCUUGUGUAUUAUUAGAAUAUGAGAAACAGUUAUGUGCAAUGUUCUCUCUGUGUGUGUGUGUGUGUGUGUGUGUGUGUGUGUGUGUGUGUGUAUGUGUGCGUUGACCCCCCCCCCCCCCCCCCUCCUUCCCUCCUUCCCUCCUUCCCUCCUCACUCCUCCCUCCCUCCAUCUCACCUUCUGAUUCAAUGUCAAUGAUUUCAACUGUAUGUUUUGGUUGCUAAUUGUUAGGUUGUCAGGUCAUGCACAGGUCCUUUAUUUCAGCUGCUACAGCCUCUGUCUUUCAUAUACUCUAGUUAGACAAAGAGACAAAAUAUUAAGCUCCUGUGGCAAAAAAAGUUAAAUGCAGACAAAUGAUCUUCCAUUCUAAAUAUAGCACAACCUUAGACUUUCUCCCAAUCUGACACCUGUGAUGCAAGCAAGACUAGUAACAUUUUUAAAGAAAGUCUAAUCAGUUCAUUUAAUAAUACAAACCGAAUUCCGGAAAUGUUAGGACGUUUUUUAAAUUUGAAUAAAAUGAAAACUAAAAGACUUUCAAAUCACAUGAGCCAAUAUUUU